AUGACUUCAAUCACCGUGGUACCACCACAGUUCCUAUGGGACCUGGCUCCUUCUUUCCCUCAGCUAUCAUCAUGCUUCAAGCACCUCACAAAUGAGCAUCAGCAGCUGAGCUUGGAGAACAUCAGUCCGUACGACGCAUGGCCUAAAUAUAGACAUGCCACCUCCUUUGCCAUGUGCAGUGCAGACCAGUCAAGCCUCGCUCGUCCACAGCCAGUUUUAGAUGCGAUGCCUCUGACGGAAGCGACUUUGCCCAUUCAGACAACCUCCCACUCCAUCGAUGGCGAGCCCAAAGGACGUGCACAAAACACGGCCGUUCCAGAGCCACCUGCAAAGGAGCCUUCACACACCUUUACACAUCACGACAAGAUAAAUAAAGACUGGAAGGCAAGACGAGACAAGAUUCUGCAGCGGAACCGCCAAGCUGCCAAACGAUGCCGUCAGCGAAAGAAGCUCGUGGUAGAAGAAAUCGAGUCCCUUGCCGAUGCGCAUGCCUGGCGGAAUAGCGAGCUCCGGAUGCAAAUUGAACAACUGCGGUAUACAAUACUGGACCUCCACGGCGAGGUACUGAAACACGCCCAAUGCGAUGACGAGCCAAUCAAGCGAUAUCUUGCGCAGAGGGUUAGAAAAAUCUCAGAGGAGCACAUAGUCGACUCUGCGAGUCCUCAGCCAAUAGACCCGCAGCUGUCUUCAUCUUCCUUCGCAGCACGACCCGAACAAAACUUAGAGGGGGAUGGUACUCAGUAUGACUCGCAGGGCUUUUCCCAUAUUUGGCCUUGCCACCAUUCAGCCUUAACAUCAGCUUCUUCGGAUGGACAAACUGUGGACCACAAUUUAUUCGAAAUGAUCAGUUAUUGA